GUCAGAAGAAAUUGUAUAUAGGAAAAUCUCAUGGGAGAAAAUCCAGGGAUUCAACACUUUGUUCUAGUUCAUGGGGCCUGCCAUGGCGCUUGGUGUUGGUAUAAAAUUGUUUCACUUUUGAGGAAUAAAGGACAUAAGGUCUCAGCCGUGGACCUUGCUGGUGCAGGAAUUGAUCCAAGAGAUGCAGACUCCAUUUUCUCCUUUGAAGAGUACAACAAGCCCCUUAUCGAUCUCAUCUCAACGAUCCCAGAUGAUGAAAAGGUUAUUUUAGUGGGUCACAGUGCAGGUGGGCUAAGCCUGGGUUAUGCCCUUCACUUCUUUGGGAAGAAAAUAAGCCUUGCAAUAUAUUUGACUGCCAUGGUGCACAAAGGCUUACCCUCUGAUACCAAGGAACGGUUUGGUGAUCUGUGGGAGUUUGGUUAUGGGCUUGGUCCAGAUAAGCCUCCAACGAGCAUAAUGUUUCUUAGAGAGAAGCAAAGAGAAGCUCUAUACCAACUGAGUCCAGAUGAGGACUCAACCCUAGCUUCUAUGCUCUUGAGGCCAUGGCCAUUGGGUUCUAUGUUUAAUGCAUGCUAUGAAGGAGAACACACAGAAGAUAUUGACAAGGUAACCCGAGUUUAUAUAAAGACAUUGAAGGACAAUAUACUGAAGCUGGAGGUGCAAGAGGAGAUGAUCAAGUGUUGGCCACCAACAGAGGUAAUGACCAUGGAUACAGACCACAGCCCAUUUUUCUCAGCACCCAAUGAGUUGCUAUGCUUGCUGCUCCGGGCUUCAGCAAUGUAUUGUAGGGAAAGAAGUUCUUAAAAAGUCGAGGAUGAGCUCUAGGUGUAGGUGGUUAGGGUGGUGGGUAUCACUAUACGACAUCUUGAGUUUCAUUCUCCCCAAGUCUAAAUCAACACAUAAAAGAAAAAAGAGUAAGAACUUCGUAAAAAAUUGAUGGUUUUGAUCACUGUUGUUGAAAUAAAGGUCACGGGGUGCAUGUGGGGCCUUAUGAUCACACAUUCAAGACUGUCCUACUUCUUUUUUCCUUUUAUAUCUUAUA